GUUUUGCUGGCAGAGUGAGGGAAUUACUAUACACAAAUACACUCGGAGAAACAACACGAGCUCAUUCUUCAGUUUAUUUUCAACCGCCAGUGAGAAAAGUUGAGCACUACGAAGUGCCACACUUUCGACGCAUUUUUUCUGACCUUUCGUGAGAGGAAAAAUUUUUUUCUAGUGAUUUAAGUGGUGUGAAAAGGGAGGCAACGUAGUGGGGUGUAUCCUCUUGUUGGGUGAUUAAGUGGACUCCUUGCGGGUGAUUUCAUCGUGAAUCCCCGCCAAAACGGCACCAAAAGACGCGCGUGAGAUACUCAAGUGUGACGACGAGUGUAAAAUUCAAUUAACAUAUUAGAAUUAACAGCCUUGAAAUUGUGUGUGGAUUCUUGUGGGAAAAGCCCGUGGAAAAGCGUGUGUGUGUGUGCGUGAGGAAAAGCGUUCCCAGUUGCUUUCCCAUUUAAAUCUGCCAACCAACAUCAAACGCAUAGUUGCUGUUCCAGAAGGCACCACGUAUACGCAGAGAAAGUGCCCGAAGCUAAACUAUUUCGAAGAGCCCGCAUAAAAUGAUGAGGACAAUGUCAUCGGAGUCAAAGAGACUCCUCAAAACACUCAGCUUGGCUGUGUUACUUCUGUCACUGUGUGCGUAUGGAGAUGCUAGGAAAUCUCCCGGGAGCUCAAGACGUGGCGGAUCUAGCCCAUCGAGGGUGCAGAAACCAACGUAUACUCAACCAUCGCAAUCAUCUAAUUCUCACGCUGAUCAGGCUCGUCUCAGCUACUCAGGCUACAACCAACAACCAAAUCGGGCACCACAGCAACCAUCAGCACCAGCAGCUCAUCCUGCACCAGCCCAGCAACCAGCUCAGAAUAUUGGAUGGAAUACAAAUGCUCAGCCUGCAGGAGGUGCCAAUAGUAGGCCCGUGGGAUGGAAUGUGGAUCAACCGGCGCAGAAGCAGAAUGUAGCGCCAGCAAAUGCAGCCGCUCCUCCAUAUCCCGUCCAGUCUGGCGCCAAUCCACCACCCUAUUCUGCCGUACAGAAUCACGGACCACCACCACCGUACUCCGCUCAGGCUCAACCCAAUCCCGCAUCAGGCUACCAUCCACCACCACCCUACAGCCCACAGGCAGGUGUACCCAACCAGCCUCAUUACGCUGGAGCUCCACCACCAUACCAGGGUGGAUAUCCUCAGCAAGGUGUACCACCAGCUGGUGGUUAUCCACAGCAGCCUGCUUUCGGUCAACCCGGCUACGGACAACCAGGAUAUGGCCAUCCUAACUAUCCUGGUGGCUACCAACAACCAGGAUAUCAAGGUGGUCAACCUGUUGUGAAUAACUACUAUGGAAAUCAAGGUUCUUCCGGUGGAUCAGGAUGGCAGACAGCUGCUCUAGCUGGCGUUGGUGGUCUUGCCCUCUACGGUGCCUUGAAGCCGAGUGAACACAACACGAUUAUUAUCCAGAAUGGUACCAAUGCAGCACCUCCUGCUGCAGCUCCCGCUGAUGGUGCCGCCGCUGCUGCUGCUGCACCAGCUGCAGCUGCUCCUGGAGCAGCUCCUGUAAAUGGAAGCAUCCCAGUCAAUGGAACAGGCACAGAACCAAUCUACUCAGCUCCUCUAGCUCCAUACCCCAUUGAUUGCACUCCAUACUGGAACCAGAUGAACCAGAUGAAUCAAGCAAAUCAGGCGAACCAGGCAAAUCAGAUGAAUCAAGUUAAUCAGUCAUCAACAUCCACAUCAGCAGGCACAACCACAGCUGACGUAUCAACUACGACAGAAGGUAUUACAAGUACAAUGGAAAUUACUAACUGCACGGCUGAAAAUUGUACCACAACAACAGUGGUAACAGAGUUACCAACAACUACUCCUAUUCCCCUAGCCAUUCCCCCACAAUGCAUGUACCCGCAACAGCAGCAGCCACAAAUGACCAAUGGGGCUCCUCUGGCUCCCUGGCCGGCAAAUUAUCCAGCUCCAGGUCAACCAGGGUAUCAACCACCCUACCAACCUCCUGCAGAUCCCUACAAUCACCCUCCCCCACCACCAUCAUCAUCAUUCCAAAAUCAACCUGUUGUACAGGCCUCAAAUCCCGCCACACCAGCUAAUGCCCAGCCUGUUAGCUCUUCAGUCUCAAAGACACUGUCUAGCGCUCUCCUAACCACAGUCACAAUCCUCGCUGGUGUGCUCGUCCAACUCUAAGGUCAGAGAGCUUUAAAAGUUUUUCAAACUUGUAUGAGAUUUGAAGAGUCUGAUAAAUCCAAAGGCCCACAAGUGAUCAGUUUGAUCAGAACUAUUAUUUAAUUUAAAAUUUAAAAUAAAAAAUCAAGUGUCUUAGCAAGGCAAAAAGAUUAAUUUGGAUUAUUGUAUACACAGCAAAAAUGCUUACCAUUAGAUAUAUGAAUUUUCAGGGCAAUUUUUAUUCGUGUAAAAUUUUGUGAAUUUUUUUUUUUGGUCUUCAUCAUUGGAGACAAAAAUAUAUGUUUCUGCAUGUGAAAUUCUAUGUAGAUUUUUUCUAAAUAUAAAACGUGAUUUAUGUAUUUGAGUGAACAAUAAAUGAGCCAAUUCACGAACAAAAA